AUGAGCGCUCCCGCCCUGAAUGUAUAUCGAGGUCUGCUCCGCAGCGCGUCGGCAGCCUUCAAGGGCGAUGCCACCAUGCUCUCGGCGGCCCAGCAGGAGAUCAGAGCAAAGUUCGAGGAGUCGCGGCAUGUGAGCGACCCCGCGCAGCGGCAGCAGCUCCUGCAGGAGGGCAGCGAGGCAGCCGACUUCAUCCGCACCAGCAUCGUGCAGGCAGCCAGCAACGAGCGGGGGGCCUUUGAAAUGAAGAUUGGGGAGGACCAUUUGGGAGGCCUCGUGGAGGAAGUCACGCCCGACAUGAAGCUACCCAAGGAGCGGAAGAAGAAGUGA